AUUUAAUUACCCUAUGGGGAAGCAUCCCAAAGCCAGGGACCAGGGAUGAAGUGAGAGAGGGGUGCCAUGUGGUGAUCGUCGUGGAUCUCCACGUCACUUUGCGUGAUCGGUACUUUAAAUGAUGGAAAGGACAGAGACAGACAAUCGCGGAUACAAGUUUCGCUGAUUUCAGACCCAAAAAAUAUCAGGUAGUUCACUGCUCCAAACUCAAGGAAGCAAGACAACAUCACCAGCUAUUACCACUAAAGCCACCCUGAUCCAAUAUGGCAACAUCGGUCCAGCUACCCGGCAACGUUCAACUCCACCUGGAUGGAGCUUCACGUUCACCGCAUCUCUUAACUUUCGAGUCAUUCGAGCUUCCCGCAAGUAAUCAAAGAGAGCUCGGAGAGCCGUUCCCGCCAGGAACAGUCACUCCACUUGCCCUUCGUCCAUCGACGGGCGACAAUAUCACGCUGGACAACAGCAUCGAAACCAUCAAAUCGCUCCAAGCCCAAGAUGGUCUGUUGACAAAGAAGCUCGCCCUACACGGCACUCUUCUGUUCCGCGGUAUCCCAAUCCACGACGCCAACGAUUUCAGCCGCUUUGCCCACGCCUUCGGAUACAAGCCCCACGAGAUCAUUGGUAUCGUAGUCAACCGUCCAGAGCUCGCGCCGAACGUAGCGCCAGCCAAUGAAGCGCCGAAAGAGGUGCUCAUUUACAACCACAACGAGUCUCCGCAAGUGCCGCAUGCGCCGGAGUAUAUAUUUUUCUACAACCAUCGCGCCCCGGUUGUAGGCGGUGAGUCUCCAAUCUCAUCGUCACUGGAACUGUUCCAUCGUGCGCAACAGGAGAUCCCGGAGUUUAUCGAAGAGCUUGGAGAAAAGGGUAUCCUAAGCACCGUGGUGUACAAGUUGGGGCAGCAGUAUGUCGGUGGAUCGACCCUCCGACAAGCAUUCGGCAAGGAGAUUAUUGAUGGGGAUGACGCAGCAACGCAGCGGGCGAAGAUUGAAGCGCAAAUUGCUCGGUAUGGGCGGGGGAAGUAUACGACGUGGGAAUGGCAGGAUGACGAGACGCUGGUGUUGACACAUCGAUUGCCGGCGAUUCGUACUCAGCCAGGGACAGAUUUGCCAACGCUAUUUACCGGGCUGGCGGCAUACUGGAAGAAUAAACUGAAUGAGGGUACCGCUCGGGGCAGACCAAGUCCGACUCAGCAGCUCUAUGGUGAUGGGACCCCGAUUCCGGAGAAGUACCUGGAGCACCUUGUCAAGAUUACUGACGAAACCCGGGUGCUCCACAAAUGGCAGAGAGGUGAUGUUCUGGUUUAUGAUAACAUCAUUUCCCAGCAUGGGCGACAGCCAUGGGAAGGAGAACAGUCGGAUCGUGUGGUGCUAGCAAGUCUCUUUGACAGCGUGGUUCCUGGUGCUUACAAGCAGGAUGACUGGGGGCAGGUUAUACAGGCUUUGGACGGCUAGGGUAGUUGAAGCGUCGUCGUCGAUUAGUUUGAUUACCUUCCUGUUGGUUAGGAUUCGUUUCUCGACAGUGAAGGAGUUUGCGGCACUUAUGCAAUCUUAAUUCUUAAAGUAUUCGUCUGCAUCCUUUGAUCCAGUCGCU